GUCUUUGAUUUAAUCAGGAAAUGGAUGUUUUUCGUGAACUUAUGGCAUAUCUUGAUCAUGUAACGCUUCAGAGUAUUUUGGUUGUUCUGGGUUGCAUUUGUUUGUCUUGGAAGAUCAUUGAGCAUAUGUGGAGCUUCCUUAAAUUAAAGGAGCCCGUUAGGGUACUGGUUACUGGCGCUGCAGGACAAAUAGGCUAUGCUCUUGUUCCAAUGAUUGCAAGGGGGGUCAUGCUAGGUCCUGAUCAGCCUGUGAUUCUUCACAUUCUUGAUAUUUUAGCUGACGCCUUAAAAGGAGUUGAGAUGGAAUUGAUUGAUUCUGCCUUUCCUCUUCUGAAAGGUAUGAGUGUAUGAAAAGAAAUCAUCUCAACUCUU